AUGGCACCAACACGACUCAAGUAUCGUGAUGGGAUACCGAUCCUCCCCCCAAAGAGCCCCGAUCUGAAGUCCACAGAAACACCUAUCAACUACAGAGACUGUACACCGGGCAAGUGUCUCCAGUGUACGCUGGCAAGCGUACGAUGCGAGUUCUCCACGCGCUACAAGAUAGUUUCGGGGAUAUGCGGCCGUUGUAAGUGCACCGGGGGCACAUGUCUGGUUCGUCGGCCGAGUAGGUUAGAGGACUCUGGAAAUGAGGUUUUGGGGAAUGAUCCUACGGAUUGGAUUGCUGUCGAGGCUUGUGUUCCCGAAGAGGAGGCGGUGAUGCUUGCUCAAGAGCUGAAGUCGAAGAAUCAGGAAGCGGGACGGAGGGAUAUCUGCGGGGUUUCGGUGAUGGAAGGAGAUUGUCGGGGAUGGGCUUUUCCGCGUCUAAAAAUGGAGGGUAUCGAGGAGAAAGAGAAAGAGGAAGACGGUGAGUUUUGGAAGACAUGGUUACUCAGAAAAUCAACGAAAGAUUGA